AAUAAAAUAUACGGGCUAGGAAAUGUUCAAGAGUCAUCAGAUAUAUGUACAGAGCCUUCCCAAACACUUUAUUGUUUCCUUUGUUACUGUGCAUCAACGAUGAGACACACGGCUUUUAUAUUUGUUAUGUUGCUGGUACUGGUAGGUGUGCAAGUACAAGUAUCACAAGCCGUUGUCUACUAUCCAUACUAUUUCGGCGAGACUUCAUUUUCGUGCCUUGGAAAAAAGAAAGGACGGAAAAGGCGGUCCAACCAUCCGACGCGUUACACACUUAAGUUAACACACCGAUACUUGUUCUAUCGGGGAUAUUACUUCGAAUUUGGGGAACGCGGUCGGAAAGGGCCGAAUGAUCUUAACGUCAGUACCAAAAAGUGGGGCUCGUCUUCAUGUCCGUCUGGCAAGGAAACCAGCGUAGCUGGUCGAAGCAAAGUGACCGUGAGCUGCUUGAAGAAAUGUGCUGAGAAAUAUACAUCGCGAUAUGGAGAUUACGCUGUGUUAAGCAACAACUGUCACCAUUUUGCGAAUAGAAUGUCGGAAGUUCUGUAUAACGAUCUUAACAACGAAAGGCUCUACGGAUGUUCCUGUCCCCCGUGGUGCAGGGCCAGGACAGGACGGUAAAUGCGGUCCAGCCAUCCGUCGGAAAUUACGGAAGUUCUGUCUUACGACCACAUAUAAACGAAUGUCUCUACGGCUGUUCCUGUACCCUGUGGUGCAGGUGGUGAAAUAUGUUUAAAUUGUCAACCGUAUGCUUUGUCUUUUCUAAUGCGAUUUACUGGAUUAUGAUUAUUCUAAGUUAUACCAAUGAUGGUUAACUGAUAUGCAUGUAUAUAAAAACAGUUCUGUAUGACUUGUCAUAUGACCACGUGACAAGCUGUAAAACGUAUCAAAUUUGAUCUGCACUUAAAGCGUUUCUCAUGUGUAAUCAGUGGCUUAAAGUGCACUUCUUUGGCGAAUUUGUGUCGAAUGGAGUUAAAUUAAGAUCAUCACAUGUAUGAAAUGUUUUAUAUUACAUAUACUUGUAUGGCAAGAUUCUAUGUUGCGUAAAUCUUUUGUUCUGUUAUAUAACCGUAUCAUGUAUAUAUUUGACAGUCUAUGAAUAGAUGUAUAAUUUGAAAACCUGA